AUGGCAUAUUUUAAUAAAUCAACAGAGUGUAGUAAUAUACAACAAUCAUCGGAUCAUCCAUAUGAUAUCGAUCUACAAACUAGUCGAAGACAUACACUUCCUUCUAAUAAUAAAACUAAAGAUCAACGUCAAUCACGUAUAUACUCAUUAUCAAUCAAACAAGAUCAAUCGAAUAUUUCGAUAUCUAAUCAAUUAUUAUCGAUAAAUAAUCUUAUUUCGAAUCUAACAAAUAUUUCUCAUCCUCUGGUAAUGUCUGACCAUGAGAAGGAACAACUAAGAAUGUCUCGAUCAUUCUUAUCAGUAUUUAUACUUAUCUUACUUCCACUAGCAUUGCUCAGUGGAGUAAUAUUUCGGUACAGUAUUAUUUCAUUUAUUUAUGCCUUUCUAUUACUUCUGCUUCCAUGGCUUGGUCCAAUAGCUGAACGAAAUAUUCGAACACGUUUUCGUAUAUUUGUUUUGGCUAUUGCAUUCAUUAGUCUUCUAACAGUUCUUGCUCAAAUCAUAUUUCAAUCCAUUCUUCUCGCCAAUAAACCCUAUGGUCAUACGCUCAAUAACUGUACCGAAUUAGUUCGUACACUUCGAUAUUUUGGUUUAGAACGUCUUGACAAUUCAAAUGCCAUUCGCAUCUUACGUUUAAUAUUUCCCGAUAUAAUUAUCUUAGCUAUAUCAACUGUUUGCUUUGUUAUUAUUCGUCGUACAAUAGUAACAUCAAGACGUCGAAAUAAUGAAUUACAAAUAUCAUCAUCGAUAUCACAGACUGCAAAUAGUAGUACUAGCAUAGAAGAUCAGAAAAAAUUAUGGCCAAGAUUAUUAUCUAUGUUAAAACGAACGCGUUUAUUUCUACAAUUUAUUAUUGUUGGUUUUGCUGCAUUUGUUUAUCCAAGUAUUAUCAAUUCAGUUUAUUUCAUUUUUUUCCUAACACUUGCUUUUAUAUGGUCAUCAUCGGUGAAAUUUGGAAAAAAAUAUACGUUUGCUCGGGCUAUAUUAGUUGUUUAUACAGGCAUACAUUUAUUAAUUCUUUAUCUUUAUCAAUUUGGAUUUUUUCAAGAGUUUUUGCCACCAUUAUCAUUAUGGAGCAAUAUAACAGGUUUAACAGCAAUUGUUGAAAGUAAUUGCACCGAUCGUGAACCAUAUCUUGAAAGGAAUUUAGUAUGGAGUGAUUAUAUAAAUCCAUGUGCAUUACUUCUACUAUAUUUCUAUUUCGCAUUUGAAACAAAUCGAACACUUUUUCAUCGAAUCCGAACGAAUGUAUUAACAAUUCCAUCCGUCGAACAGCAGAUUAAUCCUCGUCGCAGUCUUGAUCGACAGAGUUUAGUUCAUAAUUCUGAUGGUCGAGAUACAUUAGAACAAACUCCACCAAAAUUAUAUCGUCGAUGGAGUUUAGAACAACCUGGUGAUCAAACAUGGCAAGGACGAAUAAUUUUUGUUGUAUUUUCUAUUAUUCGUGUACUCGAACGACAUAGUUAUCUAUUAUCAUUGAUUGCUAUGCUGGCAUGGAGUAUAACAUUUCAUAGCUUAUUAACAUUAGUCUAUCUUCUUUGGGCUUGUAUACUUUGGGUGUUACCGAAUUCUCGACAAUGGUGUUUAAGAAUGAGCCCAUUUUUUACAGUCUAUGGUGGAAUAUUAUUAAUUCUACAAUAUUUAGUUGGUUUUAAAGUUAGUUUUAAUCAAUUGAAUUUUGCAUAUGAUCGUCGAACUAUGGAACAAAUUGGCAUUCGUAUAAAUGAUUAUCAACCUGCAUUUAUUCCAUUACUUUUAAAGUCCUUCUAUAUGCUAUUUUUUUGGUUAACACUUCGACAAUAUAUAAAUGAAAAACGAAUUGCUAGAGCACAAGGAACUGAUGGUCGUCGAGUUAGUACAGCAACUGAUUCAUAUCCUCGACGAUUGGGACGAUGGUUAAUUAAUUUUCUAACAAAAUAUUGGAUAUUUGUAUCAUGUGGCAUGCUUCUACUAGUCAGUAUUCAAAAUACUGUAGUUAUUUAUCGAAUCAUUUAUAUGGCAUUUUAUUUAUUUUUUAUUCUUGCAUUCCAAAUUUCAUUUGGAUUCUGGCGAAAAACAGUGGCAACAUUUCAUUUAACAAUAAUUAUUUAUUCAAUGGUGAUAUUAAUUGGAAUAUAUAUUUAUCAAUUUGAAAACGUUAAUGUAUUUUUAACAGAAAGAUUCAGUAAAGAAUUACUUGCAUCAAUUGGGCUUGAUGUGGUUCCAUCAGAUGUUUUAGCUGUUAAACUACUUACACCAAGUACAUUUUUAGUUGUUAAUAUAUUACAAUUACAUUAUUUUCAUUCUGGUUGGAUGAAAUUAAUUACAAUGCCAAAUGACAAAACUAUUGAAGGUCCAGCAAGUGGUACAUUAAAAGAUAUUCACGCAUAUGCUAAAGAAAAUACUGAACAUGUAAACAGUUCUCAUACACAACGAAUUUUAAAAAGUGAACCUAAAACAUGGCAAGAAUCAUCAUAUAAACUUUAUUUUCGUGCUAAUCGUCUUUAUAAACAAAUAACUUAUUAUACUUGGCGUUUUGCUGAAUUACAUGCCUAUAAAUUUGUUUUAUUUCUCAUGGUUCUUACAUCUGUACUUAAAGUUUGUGCAUUUAAUGUAACAUUAAUUAUAUUAGCAACUGUUGGCUUAGUUCUACUUCGUCUACGAAAAUUGAUUAAUUUAUUAACAUUAAUAGCAACUGGUCUUUAUAUUCUUUCAUCAAUGUGUUAUCAAUUAGCAAUAGCAAAACAGCAUAUUGUAGAACAAAAUUUCUUUGUUAGAAAUUGUUCCCAAAUUAAUUUAAACUUAAGUUCAAUGCCAAAUGAUACCGCAAAAUGGUUUGGUCUUGAAUUAACACCAACACUUGAUCGAUUUAUUGGCUUAUAUAUUUUAAUAACAAUUGCUUUAACAUUUGAUGCAAUUGGACGAUAUCGUCAACGACAUCGUCGUUUAUCAUUAUCAGUUCGUUUUAAUGUACAUCUUAUUGAAAAUCGUUUUCCGAUUUUAUUUGAACCAUUUACAUUAAAAAAUCGUAUGAAUGAUGAUACAUAUGAAGACGAAUAUGAUAUGAUUAAUUAUCGAGAAGCAGAUAAAGGUAUUUGUGAUUUUUUAAAAUAUGCAGCAAAUUUUGUAUUCUAUCGAUUUGGUUUGGAGAUAUGUUACAUAACAACAGUUAUUGUUAUUGCUAUUCGACUUGAUAUAAUGGCUGUACUUUAUUCAUUAUGGCUUGGAAUAUUUUUAAUAUCUAGUAGACGUUCUGUUCAACGAAUGUGGCUAUUUUAUAUAUUAUUUUUAAUUAUUGCUUUUCCAAUUCAAUAUAUGAGUGUCGUUGGAGCACCACCAUUACUUUGUUUCAAUUAUCCAUGGACCAAUCUUAAAUUUGAUGGAUGGCCUCAAUUAAGACGUUGGUUUGUCUUACCAGAUUAUUUUAAUCCUCCAGUAGCAACACAACUAAUAGCUGAUUUUUUUCAACUAUUAUUUGCUUGUCAACAAUUGCGUGUAUUUAAAUAUGAAAGUAGUGAAAAAGAUAGUAAAUUUAUUGAAACAGGUGGAUCAAAUCGUGAAAUAAUUUAUGAUGAUGAUAUUUAUAAAGAUAAUCCAACAUGGGAUUUUGUUAUAAAUAAACGACAUUGGCUUGAUCAAAUCAAAUAUGCUAUAUUUAUGUAUGGUGCAUGGAUUGUUCUAUCAAUUGUUUAUCUUGCUGGAACAACACGAAUUAGUUUACUUGGUCUUGGUUAUCUAAUAGCAUGUUUCUAUUUCUUUUGGUAUGGACAAGAUUUUUUAACGAAACGUGUUACAGUUAUGCUUCGAGUGUGGAGUUAUUUAGUUUAUUACUGUUUUUCAGUAAUAUUUAUUAAAGCAUGUUUACAAGUGGCAGUCUGUAUUUUUCUUUAUCCAUCAUUGCCUUGUGAAGGGGUAAAACGUACAUCUUCAUUUUGUACAUUUGUUGACUUGCUUGUACCAUGCUUAAAAAAGGAUUUUAUUCCUCCAAGAAAUUGUCCUGCUUCAUAUGAUGCUAUUAAUCAACAAUGUGAUCGUAGUGCAACGGAUGCUACUCUAUUCAUGGAUGGAUUUUGUUUAAUAUUUUUAUUAUUACAAAAACGAAUAUUUGGUAGUUAUUACUGGGAACACAUUGUUGCUGAACUUCGUUCACAAGCUAAAUUAGCUAGUCAAGGCGCUGUAUUAUUUAAUAAAAUUUCACAUGAACGAAUUGAAGAAGAUCGUGAACGUGAAGAUAAAACAGUUGCAAAAAUAAAACUAAGUUUAAAUCGUAUUAAAGAACAACAAUCAAAAUUAAAUCAAUCAGAUAGUAAAGCAGCUACAGCACUUGUUGAAUCAUCUGAACAUUUCAGAGCAAUUCGAUCUGGUGAUUAUUAUAUGUUUGAGUAUGAAUCAGACGAAGAAGUAGACGAAGGAAAACAAGAUGAAGCAACAGUAGCUCAAGAACAGAUUCUUCAAGUUUUAACUGCAAGUGAUAAAGCUGCAGCUGCUGCUGUCGCUGCAGAUAAACCGUCACCAUUAGCUGCUGCUGAAAAUGAUGUUCUAGAAUUUCCUGCAACACCUAUUUCUCGACCUCAAACUCCACCGGAAGCAAUAACUACAGAAAUACCACCAACACCUGUAUCAGAAUUUACGCCAAGCGUAGAACCAAAAGAAAAAACAAAAAAAACAAAAAAAUCUUUUUUAAUUAAAAUGCGUUUAAUUAGUCGUAUUGUACUUGAAUAUCUGAUUGAUUUAUUUAAUCGACAUUCACGUGAUUAUAGAGAAGUAUCAAGAAAAUUAUCCGAAAUGAAAUCAGAAGAAAAAAUUAAUCAACACGAAGAACGUAUACGUGCUCAAACAACUGUUGCAACAGCUUCUGUUGUUAAUCUAAAUCGAAUGGAUCAUAUAGAUCAAUUUAAUGAUGCAAUUCGUACUCGAACACCUUCUCAACCAGUUGAACAACGUCAACGUUCACGCCUUUAUCGUUUAUUUGAUUCUUUAUUUUAUUUUACAAUGUCUCGUUCAGAACUUCUUUGUUAUUCAGCAAUGGUACUUAAUCAUUUAACAUCAGGCGCACUUCUUUCAAUGCCAUUACCAUUAUCAAUAUUUCUUUGGGCUAUGUUAUCAUCACGACCAUCAAGAAAUUAUUGGAUUACAGUUAUAACAUAUACAGAAGCCAUGAUUGUUAUUAAAUAUAUAUUUCAAUUUCGAUUUUAUCCAUGGAAUUCAUCAGAAAAUAUGGAAACAAAUCCAUUAUCAGCAGUUAAUAUUAUUGGAAUUAAUCGAAAGGAAAAUGCCGCGUCAGUUGCUGAUCUUUUUCUACUUUUAUCACUAUUUCUUCAUCGUUCAAUAUUAAAACAACUUGGACUUUGGAAAGCCGAACGAAGUGCAUUGAAAAGUUCAAUUGAUGUAGAUGCUGUUGGAUUUGAAGAACAAGAUCUUAGUCGAUUACAAACACCAAGAGCUAAAAGUUCUAGUUUUAUGAAACCAUUAAUAAAUUUCUAUCGACAUCUUCAACAAUCACUAUUUGUUCGUGAUGUUUAUGCAUCAAUGUUCUUUUGUGAUUUUAUCAAUAUGAUUAUUGUUAUUGGUUUCUAUAGCCAGUUUGGUGAACGUGCUGGUGGAAAUGUUGUACAAACAAUAAAAGAAAAUAAAGUUCCUGUUGCUUUUCUUGUCAUACUAUUAAUUCAAUUUCUAUUGAUUAUUAUUGAUCGCGCACUCUAUUUACGUCGAAAUGUUCGUGGAAAAUUAUUUUUUCAAUUAUUUCAAGUUCUAGGUGUACAUAUUUGGUUAUUUUUUAUAUUACCUGGUAUUACACAUAUAAAAUUUCGUGAUAAUUAUGCUGCGCAAUUUUGGUAUUUAUUCAAAUGUAUUUAUUUUGGUUAUUCAUCCAUCCAAGUACGAUUAGGUUAUCCAAAACGUAUUGCAGGCAAUUUUCUUAUGAAAAGAUUUAAUUAUGUUACUCAAGUAUUAUAUCGAAUUUAUUUAUUAAUUCCAUUUUUACUUGAAUUACGUACGAUUAUGGAUUGGAUUUUUACAGAUACAUCACUUGGAUUAUCAAGUUGGUUACAAUUAGAAGAUAUUUAUUCGAAUGUUUAUUUAUUAAAAUGUGCACGAUGGGCAGAAGAAAAAUAUCCAACUGAUCGUGGUGUAACUCGACCAAAAAUAACAAAAUAUGGUCUUGGUGGUUCCAUAUUAAUAUUAUUAAUACUAUUAAUUUGGUUUCCAUUAUUAUUCUUUUCAUUUUCAUCAUCAUUUUAUCAACCAAAUCCACCGAAAGAAGUUACUGUUGAAAUUAAAUUAGGUGGUUAUUUACCAAUUUAUCAAAUGACAGCACAAGAUUUUGAUUUAAAAGAAUUUAAAUCCGAAGAUUCAAAAUUAUUACGUGAUAAAAUCGAGUCGUUAAACAUAUCACCGGCUAUCAAAGAUAGUGCCAAUGCAUUUCUACGUGAUUUUAAUUCUGAUGAUAUUCGUUGUGUAAAUUUAUUUGCUACAAGUGUUGAUCUUUGGAAAAUUAGUCAACCAAUACGUGAUAUUGUUGUAAAUAAUUUACGUUCAAAUGUAACAGUACCUGUACGAUUUUCAUAUACAAUAACACGUAAUCCACCAAAUCAAGAUAAUUCUGGAGAUAUUGCAGCUGUUGUAACAGGAGAAAAUAUAGUUAAUAUAACAGCAAAUGAUCAAGUUGUUCGGAAUGCAUUAAUUGAAAUGUUAAAUGGAACAGUUGAAUCACAAACAUCUAUAAAUUUUACAAUAAGAGAUUUAAUGCCACGAUUUUUACAUGUUAAACCAAAAGCAAAACCAGAAGAAAUUGGUGCAUUUAAAACAAUUUUUCCACGUGAUUAUUAUGCUAAUAUUACAAUGGGUUUAAAUCGUACAAAAUCAAUUCCAAAUAGUACGGAUGUUUGGUGGGAAAUGUCUGAACAUGAAAAUAAAUAUGGUUAUACUCCAUCAUGUGCUCCUCCUUCCAAUCAAGAAUAUUUGAGUAUGAUAUUUUUCAAUGAUAAAGUUUCACCAGCUAAUAUUUCAUUUCUUACUCGAUAUGGAAUUAUUGGUUUAUAUACAACAUUUGUUGUUGUUGUUGCACGAUUAUUACGUACAGUAUUACAAACAAGUCGUACAAUAAUGUUUAAUGAAUUACCAAGUGUUGAACGUUUAUGGCAUCUUUUACGUGAUAUUUAUUUAGUUCGUGAACAUGAUAUGUUACGUAUUGAAGAACAACUUUUUGCUAAACUUUUAUUUCUAUAUCGUUCAUCAGAAACAUUGAUACGAUUCACGAAACCAAAAUCACUAUAA